CACACGCCCCAGAAGCUCUCGCGCCACUCUUCCCCUCCCCUCCUGCAGUCGGGUGCUGUUUUUGUUGUUGGUGAAAGGUGAGGGGAACAGCUGAUCCGCCUGUGGGGACAGCAGGCAUCUUGAGGGCAGGAUGGAAGAGUCAUCACUAAACCGGGCGCCAUCCCGGGGUGGAGUCAACUUCCUGAAUGUAGCCCGGACCUACAUCCCCAACACCAAGGUGGAAUGUCACUACACUCUGCCUCCAGGCACCAUGCCCAGUGCCAGUGACUGGAUUGGAAUUUUCAAGGUGGAAGCUGCCUGUGUUCGGGACUAUCACACAUUUGUGUGGUCUUCAGUGCCGCAAGAAAGUACAACUGAUGGUUCCCCCACCCAUGCUAGUGUCCAGUUCCAAGCCAGCUACCUGCCCAAACCAGGAGCCCAACUCUACCAGUUCCGCUAUGUGAACCGCCAGGGCCGGGUGUGUGGGCAGAGUCCCCCAUUCCAGUUCCGGGAGCCACGGCCCAUGGAUGAGCUGGUGACCCUGGAGGAGGCUGACGGAGGCUCUGACAUCCUGUUGGUUGUCCCUAAGGCUACUGUGCUUCAGAACCAGCUGGAUGAGAGCCAGCAGGAACGGAAUGACCUGAUGCAGCUUAAGCUGCAGUUGGAGGAUCAGGUGACAGAGCUGAGGAGCCGAGUGCAGGAGCUGGAGACAGCCCUGUCCACUGCCAGGCGGGAGCAUUCGGAGCUCACAGAACAAUACAAGGGCCUUUCUCGGUCCCAUGGGGAGCUCACAGAAGAGAGAGACAUCCUGAGUCAGCAGCAGGGAGAACAUGUGGCCCGUAUCCUGGAGUUAGAGGAUGACAUCCAGACCAUCAGUGACAAAGUGCUGAGGAAGGAGGUAGAGCUGGACAGGGUUAGAGACACAGUGAAGGCCCUGACUCGGGAACAAGAGAAGCUCCUGGGGCAGCUGAAGGAAGUCCAGGCAGACAAGGAGCAGAGUGAGGUCAAGUUCCAGAUGGUCCAAGAGGAGAACUGCCGCUUAACUGUAGAGCUGCAGAAGGCCAAGGGCCGGCAAGAAGAGCAAGGUGCUCAGGUCCAGCGGCUGAAGGACAAGGUGGCCCACAUGAGGGACACCCUGGCCCAAGCCCAGCAGAAAGUGGCUGAGCUGGAGCCCCUGAAAGAGCAGCUUCGAGGGGUCCAGGAACUUGCAGCCUCAAGCCAACAGAAAGCCACCCUUCUUGGGGAGGAGUUGGCCAGCGCAGCAGGAGCCAGGGACCGCACCAUAGCGGAGCUCCACCGCAGCCGACUGGAAGUGGCUGAAGUCAGUGGCCGACUGGCUGAGCUCAGCCUGCACAUGAAGGAGGAGAAGUCCCAAUGGAGCAAGGAGCGUGCAGGGCUGCUGCAGAAUGUGGAGGCUGAGAAGGACAAAAUCCUGAAGCUGAGUGCAGAGAUCCUGCGGCUGGAGAAGACAGUGCAGGAGGAAAGGAGCCAGAGCCACGUAUUCAAGACUGAGCUGGCCCGGGAGAAGGAUUCUAGCCUGGUGCAGUUGUCGGAGAGUAAGCGAGAGCUGACAGAGCUGCGCUCAGGUCUCCGCGUGCUGCAGAAGGAAAAGGAGCAGCUGCAGGCAGAGAAGCAGGAGUUGCUGGAGUACAUGAGGAGGCUGGAGGCCCGUCUGGAAAAGGUGGCAGAUGAAAAGUGGACCGAGGAUGCUGCCACGGAGGAUGAGGAGGCCACUGCUGGGCUGAGCUGCCCCGCAGCUCUGACAGACUCAGAGGAUGAGUCCCCCGAGGACAUGAGGCUCCCGUCCUAUAGCUUGUGUGAGCGUGGAAACACAGGCUCCUCUCCUCCUGGGCUCCGGGAGGCGUCUCCCCUCGUUGUCAUCAGCCAGCCAGCACCCAUUGCUCCCCACCUCUCAGGGCCAGGGGAGGACAGCAGCUCUGACUCGGAGGCUGAAGACGAGAAGUCCGUCCUGAUGGCGGCUGUGCAGAGUGCGGGUGAGGAGGCCAAUCUUCUGCUUCCUGAACUUGGCAGUGCGUUCUACGACAUGGCCAGCAUCGUCUUCCGUGGAGCCCAAAUUGCCCUGCUUCCCCUCUCUCCUGCCCCCACCCCCUCCCCAACCACCAGUGGCUUUGCGGUGGGUUCCCUGUCAGAGGCCAGCACUGGGGCCUCAGCCGCCCCUCCAUGGAAGGAAUGUCCUAUCUGUAAGGAGCGUUUCCCUGCUGAGAGUGACAAGGAUGCUCUGGAGGACCACAUGGAUGGACAUUUCUUUUUCAGCACCCAGGACCCUUUCACCUUUGAGUGAUCUCACCCCUCCCUUGUAUGUGCACACAUACACACACACACACACACACACACACACACACGCACGCACGCACACACGCGCGCGCGCGCGCACACACACACGAGUUUUGGCUCAUGCCUACUUUCUGUCCCACUGGGCUCUGUAAUAUUCUGUUCCUACAAACCAUGUCUGCGUCCCGCUUUCAUCCUGAGCUUUAUAAUUCCAUCCUCCAUCCUGACUCCUCUGUCCCAGGCAGGGAUCUGUCUUGGAAGCAGUGACUGAGUUUACUCUCUGAAAACAGUUUGGAGGAACCAGGAUGAAGGGGCUUCCCCUGUGGGAACAGAAUUAUCCACUGCUAGCCCAAGUACACAGCUACACACACACACACACUCACACACACUCACACACACACACACACACACACACAACACUCCCUUCUGACGCCCCAAAGCCAACUCCUGGGGCAUCCCACCCACCCUCCCUUAUUCAGAGUUUGUUUACUCGAGUUUUUUCUGGGGCCUGCAUGGAGGCAGCAGCAUGAGCUCAUGACCUCAUGGGGUCUUUUCAGUUCUUGGCUUCACUGAUUUUGUUACCGCUGCUUUUCCCACCUGCCCCAGCCUUUCCCAUAGCCUUAGGUCAUAAGUUUGGAAGUUUCUUUUGUAUUUUUAAGGAUUCCUAUACUGUCUCAUGCCACCCCACACCCAAAUCCUCAAAUGGAAAAGAUAAUGUAUUUGUGCCUUUCGUGAGAGGGAUGGGGGGACAAGGGUUCCCAGGUGUCCCCAUUUCCCAGCCCCUCACCCUCCCCAGGCCCCCUACAGCAAUAAGAACUCCCCCUCUCCCUUAAACUGCCCUCUUAUCUGUAGUUUGGACAAAUAUAUUUAUAUGAUACGUGUAA